CUAAACCGUGUUAAUCUCUUGAACCCUCGAUGAACUUGCGAAACGUAUUAAACGAUGCACUGUUUCUUCUUCUGCUCAAUCUUACCAGCUCCUUCCUCCAAGUCAUUACCGAGGUUGACGUGCCAGAACUGCAGCUGCUCGCGUCGAAUUUGAAGCCCGAAGAGUGUGUGAAACUUGUGUCCUUGGACUCUGACACUCGACUGUCGGAAGCGCAAAUAGAGAAGUUAGCUCGAGAGCAAAAUUGCUUUCGGAGGCUCGUGAAAUGGGUUUGUCACUUGAAAACUGUUACGAGGAACACGUAUCCGAUCUUGAACAGCCUCCUUGAACGCAUCGGCAGGAGAGAUUUAAUCGCGUGUCUUGCAGAGCUCAGCACGAAAACAUCCAAGUCACCGAAAGUGAUCCGCGAAGCUCGAACGGAUGAUCCCGACGAUUACGAGGAAACAGCCACGACUGUACCGACGAAGAAAGAGAAAGAUAGUGAUAGCGGCCAAGCUCAACUCUCGGAUCAAAUGAUCGAAAAGAUCAGUGGACGUACCACUAUCAAAUUGUCGUUGCACAGCGCAGGCAUCGUUGUCGCUUCGAUCAUACUUGUAACCUGUUUGUGCACGUGUUUAUGCUCGUAUAUUGUAAGAAGGAGACUGACGAAAAUAUACGAAAAAAUACGGGGGAAGAGAAAGAAAGGAUUCAUUUUAUUGUUUCGCGACUCGAGAGUGAAUUUAAUAGAUUGUCUUUCGAUUAGUAAAUUCAUAGAGGAUGCGCGGGACGUGUCUAGAAGUUACUUCGUUCGAAAGCCACGGGCAAAAAGGAAACGACCUCCGUCGUACGAAAUGGUGCACACGGCCACGGAAAACGCCACCGUGGCGGCACCUCCGCCAAAGGAAGAACCGGAAGAACCAGAACUGCCAGCUUGUUACAGAUGCUUCAAGAAGAAACGAAAGAAAAGCACCAGAAGGCCAAACAGAUGA